AUGGGAACUGGAGUUCAGGCAAGUGAUCCGGUCGCAUUGCGCCACAAAGACACGAGUGACCCAACGAGCCAAGUGACAGUUCUGCCUGCUACACCAUCCACUGGUUCAGCUGAACAGUGGAACAACGCCCUCGAUCAUGUCAUCAAAGGUGUUGUGCGAAUCCACCUUGUAUGCGUUGCAAAUUUCGAUACAGGAUAUGCAGGACGCACAUGCGCAUCCGGUUUCGUGAUUGACAAAAAACAGGGGAUCAUACUCACCAAUCGACAUGUUGUCAGCCCUGGACCUUCUUGGGGCUACUGCACUUUUUCAAGUCAAGAAAAGUGCAACGUUGAGGUGAUAUAUCACGAUCCCGUGCACGAUUUCGCUUUCCUCCACUUUGACCCUUCGAAACUUCGAUACACAGAUCUCCGAGAAAUCGAGUUGAGAUCUGAAGGUGCGAAAGUUGGGACAGAGGUCAGAGUCAUUGGCAACGAUUCUGACGAGGCGUUGAGCAUUGCUCCGGCAGUCAUCAGUCGAAUCGAUCGAAACACGUUGGAGUACACCGGCUUCUACCACGACUACAACACUCAUUAUAUACAGGCAGCAGCUGUAGCUGGUGGCGGCAGCUCUGGAAGUCCAGUUGUGAACAUCGAAGGCCACGCUGUCGCUCUGCAGGCAGCUGGCACGAGUGCUUCGAACAUAAACUGGUUCUUGCCUCUCGAUCGAGUGGUGAGAGCUUUUCGGCUUUUGCAAAAGCGUGAACACAUUCCGCGGGGAACAAUCCAGUCAAAGUGGCUCUUCAAGUCUUUCAGUCAUUGUAGAGGCCUGGGACUAAGUUCUAAACACGAAGAGAAGCUAAGGCGUGCCGACCCGUCUAGCCGCUUUGUGCUCGUGCUCGAAAACAUCGUGCCGAAGAGUCGUCUUGAUGGCAAGUUGCAGGUUGGUGACCUUUUAUUGGGCAUCAACGGUGCGUCUGUAUUGUCCUUCAUCACUCUGGAGGAGAUUCUGGACACACAUAUCGGUCAGUCCAUUACAAUAGAAGUUGCUCGGGGCGAGAACGAGGUGACUGUCGAGGUCAAAGUUGAUGACCUGCAUGCGCUCACCCCACGACGGAUGGUCAAAUUUGCAGAGGCUAUCUUUUGCGAUAUGUCAUACAUGGUUGCCCAAUGCAAAAAUAUCCCCCUUGACGGCACAUUUUGCUGUUACAACGGCCUCUUGCGUGCACUGUCAUCAGACAUCAUCAUUGAAUCUGUGAACAAUCGUGCGACUCCUAAUUUGGAAGCUUUCCUAGAUGUCAUCAAACAAAUAGACACAGGAGCGGAUGUAAAGUUUGUGUACAAGGACAUAAAAGAUGCUCAUCGUACCUGCACGGCUGUCAUCCCCCUACUCACCGACCUCUUUCCAAAGUUCGAACUCUGGUCGCGAAACGAUGACUACAGGCAAUGGACUAUCGAAGCAAUCGAAACCAUAAGAACUGAAAGUUCGCUGGAUGUCAAAAGUGGCACAUUUCCUUCAUCAAACAUCAUCAAGAACCCAGAUCAGGCUUAUAUCGCCAGGACCAUCGUGGGCGUCAAAGCUAUCUCUCUGGUGUACACCGAUGGGACAGAUCGGAUGCUCUUUCGCGGGCACGGAUGCAUUGUUAAUGUCACCCAGGGGCUAGUCCUAGUGUCUCGAGCACUUAUUCCGCACGGUCUCUGCAAGGUACGACUUGACAUUGCUAACGUCGAGGUCGCAGGCAAGAUCCACUUUCUUCAUCCUAGUUACAACUACGCUUUGCUGAAAUACGAUCCAAGCAAGAUCGAGGUGGAUGUCGCUGCUGUGAAAUUGGCAGAGGUUCCCGUUAAUGUUGGUGAUAAGGUGACCAUGAUCUGUGACGAUCCAUGCCGAGACCGAACAGUCACCGAAACUGAUAUCAAAAGCAUCCAGCGCUAUAAUAUGGCACAGCAAAGCUGGCCGUGUCGAUAUCGAGCCAUCAAUAUUGAAGAUGUGUCAACGAGUUCCAGAAUACAGGCUGAGAACGACUUUGGCUUGCUGCUCGAUUCGUGUGGACGUGUUGUCUCAGUAAUGCUCGAGUUUCAAGGCACAGGUAGCUCCGCCUAUCAACUUGGACUACAUGCCUCGGUCAUUCGACCCUUGGUUCAGAAAUUUGUACAAGGCUUGCAAGUCGGAAGGAUGCUUGGCUUCGAAUUCAGCGAGCUCACAGUGGCGACUGCGCGAAAGCUUGGAGUCGCUGAGCACUGGAUUGAUAGCAUCACAAAAGACCAGUCAAAUCAGGCUUUAUACAAAGUCGCGCGCCUUGCAUGUAGACCCAUCUGUGAGGAGAUAAAAGAUCAGACGGGAGGCCUCCUCGAAAGUGAAGAUAUCCUGCUUGAUCUUGACCACAAGCCAGUCUCCAAUAUAACCGGAAUUGGUAAAUUCUAUGAAGCGACACAUGUCCCCGCUACCGUUGUCCGUCACAACAAAGAGAUGACACUCAAUGUGCCAACAGAGUCACUCGAGGAACUAGAGACCGACAAAGUCAUCGUGUUCUGUGGUCUACAUGUCCAUCGCCCACAUCUUUCUGUGCGACAAUACGUCAAACGACUUCCAUCAAAGGUCUACGUUGAUAAUAAUCGAGCGGGGUCCCCGGCGAACCUCUACGAUGCCCCAAGAUUCUGCUUCAUUACACAUAUCAACGACGUUGAGACAUCAGAUCUCGAAGACUUCGUUCGAAUAAUUCAACAGAUUCCCGACGACACAUUCUUUCGUCUGAAGGUUACAUCAUUAGAGCUCGCUGCUUCUGUGACGACUAUGAAGAAUUGUGAUCACUAUUGGCCUACACAGAUAUUUGAGAUCGUCGAUGGAGAGGUCACUAUCAGAACUGUUGAAACAGCAACCGAAGCUGUGGAAGGCAGCUCUGCUUAA